AUGUGUGCUUUAUUCGCUGAGGUUUCAUCGACAGCUGCAGCCAGUUGUUCAUUCGGUGUUCUCUUGUGCAGCGGCUCAAAUUGUGGCAGGCUUGUAGGCUCCGAACGCCGUAAGGUACUUUAUGUUUUUAAUGUCAACGUUUGCAAGAAAAUGUCAUCCUAUUACUUUCUGAGGCAUGAUAACAUUGUAAUCCCUUAUCUCUUGCGCUUGUUGGUAUCAGAUAAAGAAGCAUCAAACAAGAACCCACUCCUUCCUUUUCUCAUGGAUAAAGAGAGGUCGCACCAUUUCGUGAGGAAUAUGAAUUAG